AUGCAGUCUCGAUGUGGCUGUUGGUAUCUAUACUCACUGCCGGCGUCCCAACCGUACUACGACUCCCCUCCUCAGAAGCAGUACCUUCCACAAGUUGAGUUGUCUACCUCCACAGAUAUUCUAGCCAUUACUUCACGAACCACACUCAAACAAAUAUUUGUCAAUGAUCGAAACGACAAGCUCGAUGAGGUACAAUAUACCUUCCCACUGUACGAUGGAGUCAGUGUCGUUGAGUUUACCUGCAUAGUCGGCUCCAAGACUUUGGUCGGAGUAGUCAAGGAGAAACAGCAAGCGAAGGUAGAGUACGACGAAGCAGUUGCUCGUGGCGAGACGGCAGGGUUGUUUCAACAAUUGCCGGAGGCAUCUGAUGUCUUCACCACCACAAUUGGGAACGUGCCACCUAACGAAAAGAUCUACGUGGAGAUCGUCUACCUCGGAGAACUCAAGUACGACGCCGAAACAGGUGGCUCACGUUUCACCAUUCCGACUACCAUUGCACCACGCUAUGGAUCGGUGUCGACUGAAUCAGGAGAAGCGCUGACUGAACAAUCCGCAAAUGCCAAAGGCGGUAUUUCCAUUCUGGUGAAUGUUACCCUUGAAGACGGUUCUACUGUACGAGGUCUGCAAUCACCAAGCCACCCAAUCGCCGUGACCAUGGGUCGGACCAGUCUCAUGGACGAUGAUGCUUUCCAAACCAACAACGCAUCAGCGACAUUGACGCUCGGUACAACUGAGCUAGACAAGGACUUCAUCAUUGUCGUGCUUGCCAAAGACACCGAAAACCCACGUGCACUGCUUGAGACACAUCCCUUGCUUCCCAACCAACGCGCAAUAAUGACAACCCUCGUGCCCAAAUUCAGUUUACCAAACAUCUCGCCUGAAAUUGUGUUUGUGGUUGACAGAAGUGGUAGCAUGUCUGACAAGAUUCCACUCCUUGUCUCCGCCUUGAAGAUAUUUUUACGGUCUCUUCCUGUCGGGGUCAAGUUCAACAUCUGCUCUUUUGGUUCCCGAUACUCCUUCCUCUUCGACAAGAGUCAGACCUACGAUCAGUCGACUCUGAAGGAGGCUCUUAAGCACAUCGACGGUUUCAGUGCCAAUUAUGGUGGCACCGAGAUGUUGAAUCCUUUGAAAGAGACUGUCAAGAAUCGAUAUGAAGAUCUUCCUCUCGAAGUGAUGGUUCUGACCGACGGCGAGAUCUGGAAUCAGAACGAGCUGUUCGCCUUCCUGAACGAAACGAAAAAUGCACGUUUCUUCUCCUUGGGUAUUGGGCACGGUGCAUCGUCUGCUCUCGUCGAAGGCAUCGCACGCGCAGGCAACGGCUUCGCUCAGUUCGUGGGCAACAACGAGAAGAUGGACAAGCGUGUUGUUCGCAUGCUCAAGGGAGCCUUGACCCCGCACGUCACAGACUAUACCCUUGCCGUCACAUACGACGAAGACUCGAUCUCCCAAGAUGAUGAUUUUGAGAUGGUCGAGGCUACCGACAAACCGGCUACAACAGUGGUAACGGACCUGCAGAAACCCGCGGAGAAGAAGACAAUCUCUCUUUUCGACACAGACGCGCCGGAAGAACCCACCAAUCCUCCAACCGGUCGCUAUGAUAGUCUACCUGAGGUUCCGAGCCCCAAAGUGUUGCAGACACCACACAAGAUACCAGCCUUGUUCCCCUUCAACCGCACGACGGUCUACCUCCUAGUCGGCCCUGGUGCUCCUCAUAAGGUCCCCAAAGCAGUCACUCUGCGAGGGACCUGCGAGCAUGGACCACUGGAGCUUCAAAUCCCUAUUCAGGAUGUCGGGGUGGGUAAGACAAUCCACCAACUUGCUGCGAAGAAAGCAACUCAAGAACUCGAAGAGGGUCGUGGCUGGAUCACAGAAGUGCGUAACCGUCUCGGCCAACCUCUCAAAUCCGCCCACAGAGGCAAAUGGGAUCUCAUUGUUGAACGAGAGGCCGUCAGACUUGGUACCCAGUUCCAAGUCGCUGGAAAAUGGUGCUCAUUUAUUGCUGUGGAGACAAAUGGUACCGCCGACAAUACAAACGAAGGUAACCUUCCGUCGCGUUCCUUAUUGAGUAAGUCCCGACCCAUUGAUACCCCAAAGAGUGCCUCCACUAUGCUAUUCGCGGCUCGUGCAACAACGACCUUUGCUGCCCCCACGAUGAAGGCGACUUCUGCUCCAUACUCAGGCUUCGGUUCGAACUCGCUGGCUUCCACCUUCUCUUCUGGUGCUUAUCUCGGGGGCUUUGGCUCCCAAAAUCCCCGGAACUCACAACGUGGCGGGCUAUUCUCUAGCACCUCUGGUCUCUUCGGGAGCACUGACACUCGAACCCCAACUCUCUCGGACUCUGCUCCCCCACAAAGUGGGCUCUGCUCUGGCACCACUGGCCUCUUUGGAAUCGCUCAAUCUCUAAACAACUUGGACUUAACAACCUCAGACUUACAAGCACGUCGAUUCUCCCGCGGCACUGAAUUGUUCGGCGACUCGGCCGCCGGGAUGAACACGAUGCAGCACUACUCGAAUGAAAUGAUGGCAGCAGCCUCAUGUCCACUACCUGAUGAAUCGGACGGAGACCUUGGCCAGAGCGGGGGCAGCAGCGGCAGUGGCAUUGUUUCUGGCCCGAAUUCUUUCUUUUCACCUUCAUCAUCCCCAAACAUGUCUCUUUGUGUCCGUGAUACUGACGCUGCAGGUGCAGGUGCGCCGGAGCCCGUCGACAGGAGGCAAAAGAGGCCAGGCGGGCCCCUCCCGGCUCCACCUCCAGCAGCGUUUCAACAAGUUCAAAUGCUGCACCAGCAACCCGGCCCCAGGGCACGUAGGAGGUUCCAACCAAUGCACAGGUCAGGUCUCAGAGACAGAGAGUUAGCUCCGAUAAAUCACGGCACCUCCGCGCCGACAAACACGGUCGAUAUGUGCAUGUCAAGUUUUGCCGGACCACCGGCACCCGGUGGGAGUGGGGGAGCUGGAGUUGCACUCUUCAGCCAGAGGGCAUACAAGUUCGCUGGCGGCGUGGCUCCACGCAGACAGUUAGGUGCGAAAUCGUAUCGCAAGUCCGCGCCGACGGCUAAGAAGAAGACCGCGUCCGUCGCCGACGUCGAUAUGGAGGAAGAAAAAGAGGAUGAGGAAGAAGAAGGAGGAGAAGAAGAGGAAGAGCAGCUAUCGGACGAACAGAAGAUGCACAAGAUUAUCAACCUGCAGGAAUUCGACGGAUCGUGGACCCUUUCAGACCCGUUGUUGGCCCUGCUGGGUGUGACGGCCGACGACGUCGAGAGCGUCACCGUCAAGGUGUCCGCGGAUGACACGUCUGUCGCCGCGACAGCCCUGGCGACGGCGUGGCUCAGAUCCAAGGUCCCCGACGAAAAGGACGUGUGGGAAAUGGUCGUCGACAAGGCAACAGGUUGGCUCGAGACCAAGGUCGGUGGCGGGAAGGACAGGGCGGACGAGAUCAUGAGUGAGGCUACAAUGCUUUUCGUGGAGUACGACUAG